UUCUCUCUUUUUCCCAUCUCUUGGCAGAAUUGAGCAGUGCAUUCCCCAACUCAUUCAGAGAAAGAAGAAAUGAAAAGUUUGCAACUUCUUUCAUUUUUAUUGCUCUCUUAUAUCAUCAUCCCAGCAAAUACAUAUGGAGGAAAGAAAAAAGAGGCACAGGAAUCGCAGAGUCAGCACACUAGGACAAAGAAAGACCACCAAAACUUUGCAACCAAAUUUCGACUCUAUACAGAUGCAACUAAAGAAGACUGUAGGAUUUUUUAUAAUCAGUUGGAGACUCUUGAUAAAUGCAGUUUCAAUGCCUCUCUUCCUCUGGUGAUAAUAGUCCAUGGCUGGUCGGUGGAUGGAAUAUUAGAAAGUUGGAUUUGGAAAAUGGCAGCAGCUCUGAAGUCUCAGCAAAAACAAAUUAAUGUGAUCGUUGCAGACUGGCUUGUAUCUGCUCACCAGCACUACCCCAUUGCUGUACAGAAUACACGCUACAUAGGGCAGGAGAUAGCCAACUUCCUGGAAUGGCUGGAGGAAUCCAUUCAAUUUUCCAGAAGCAAUGCUCAUCUGAUUGGGUACAGCCUAGGAGCUCAUGUUUCAGGAUUUGCUGGAAGUUUUAUCAGUGGUACGAACAAGAUUGGAAGAAUUACAGGCCUUGACCCCGCUGGUCCCUUGUUUGAAGGCAUGUCACCAACAGACCGGUUAUCUCCAGAUGAUGCAAACUUUGUAGACGCGAUUCAUACAUUCACUAAACAGCACAUGGGUCUCAGUGUUGGCAUCAAGCAGCCUGUGGCUCAUUUCGACUUUUACCCCAAUGGAGGCACCUUUCAGCCUGGCUGUCACAUCAUGCAUGUGUAUAACCACAUUGCAGAAUACGGAAUCACUGGCAUUGCUCAAACUGUGAAAUGUGCUCAUGAGAGGUCAGUUCAUUUGUUCAUCGACUCUCUGCUUCACAAUGACAAGCAGAGCACAGCGUACUGGUGCAACGACAUCAACACUUUCAACAAGGGAAUGUGUCUCAGCUGUAGAAAGAACCGGUGCAACACACUGGGCUACAACAUCAGGGAGGAACGGCUCCCAAAAAGCAGACGUCUCUUUCUGAAAACAAGAGCUCGUAUGCCUUUCAAAGUCUAUCAUUAUCAGUUCAAGAUCCACUUCAUCAAUGAAAUCCCAGGCAAGCAUUUAGAGCCAACUUUUACCAUGUCUCUGACAGGCACUAAGGAGGAUGCUAAAAGCUUGCCCAUCACACUAGCUGAAAGUAUAAAUGGGAAUAAAACCUACUCUUUUCUCAUCACCCUGGACACUGAUAUUGGUGAGGUAAUAAUGAUCAAGUUAAAAUGGGAAGGAACUGCAGUUUGGGAAAAUCUCUGGGACACAGUUCAAACCAUAAUGACAUGGACAAAAGGCACCCGUCAACCAGGCCUUAUAGUGAAGACAAUAAAAGUGAAAGCAGGGGAAACACAGCAAAAAGCGACGUUUUGUUCUCAAAGCAUUGACAACCUUCACCUUUAUCCAGCACAAGAGAAAACAUUCGUGAGAUGUGAAGAUCGCUUUCAGGGGCAAAACAGAAAAUGAGUAAGAACACAAAAAUCAACAACUUGCCAAGAUACAUUCAAAAUAAUACACAUCUAGCAAAAUGUUUUAAAAAGAUGCAGCUACAUUACAUUUAAAUAUCCUGAUAGUUUCAGAGGUGGUGAAGAAAAUAUACUAAAACUUUAGAUUUUGUGAUGCAAUAGUAAGCUGAAAUAGUGCUUUGUCCAUCUAGGAGCCUGCUCUCAAAGAGAUCAAUGAGUGAUUUCAAGACAACUCUCAAUUUUAAAUUGUUUAAAGUUUUAGAGAAACAGCCGCUCACUAGGAAUAGAAGAAUUGCUCUUGGAAAGAAUCAUCUCGAUAAGCUUUUGGAAAACUGUAUUUUGUUCAAUUUAAGGGAAAAAAAGCCUCAUUUCCCAUUAAAUACUUUGAAACAUUAAUAGCUACUACUGUCAGUUAAAACUUUCUUGUAUUAUUUCCUCAUGAAGGGGAAAUUCGUUAAUUCAUAGAAGGAAAUAUUCCCAAAUAGAUAAAAUUGUUAACAAAGAGUUUGAGCUUUUUACUUUAUAAAAUUCCAAAACUAAAAUGCAUCUCAACAUACAGAAUGCUUGAGGUAUUGUUCAUAACCAUAUGACCCUAAAAAUGCUUUGUUGUUUAACCAUUUUAAAGUACUGAUUUAAAUUACUAGUAAUUGAAUUAUUUUAUUGAUGCUUAUUAUACUACACACAAUUCUAGCACAACUAAGUUAACUUUUGCUUUAAAAUCAUACUUUCAUGAGCAGGUAAUGCCUGGAGAUUUUUAGAUUUUAAAUUACUGUUUAGCAGAUUUUUAGUAUUAUUUGGAACUACAUGAAUAAAUGAAAAUGGUAAAACCCUCAAACAUCUUCAGUCAUGAUCUUAUAAAUUCAGACAUACAAUUCCCUUGUUUCUUAUGUCAGAAUAGAAACUUCAUAAACAUUAUUGUCUCAGAUUAUUUUUAUGGUUAGUGCAUACUGAAAUGUUUGUAUGUCAGAGUAUUUAAUUUGUCACUUCGUAAUGCUAGGCACAAGAUUCAUUAAAAAAUAUGUUUCUACA